AAUGUUGACUAAAUUGCUUUUAAAGGCAAGACAAGCUAGUUUUUGUGGUAAUUGUUAAUAGAAGAAAUCAUAGUUUAUAUCAAAAAUUCUGUCAAUUAUCAUGUUGCUAAUAGCUAAGAUCCUAAUAAUAAAUUUGCUACUCCUUAGUUUAAUUCAAGCAUUCUUGAUUUUGAUAAGGAUCAAGAAAAUAAUGUGUAAAUGCAUUACUACUAAGGUAUUAACUAUUAUAAUAUUAAUUAGGUAAAUUUAUGCCUGAUGAAUUGGAUUGGACUGAUGUUUGGGAAACUGCAUAUUAAAAUUUUACAUAACCAGAAUAUUUAUAUCACUUUUGGUUUUGCGGUGUAUUGUAUUGUUUUGAGCCUGAAUGGACAAUUAAUUAUCCAUAUGAAAAAGGUCCACUUUCACCACUUUUUAGAGGAGAACAUGCAUUAAGAAGAUAUCCUACAGGUGAAGAAAGGUAAUUUUCUUAAAAAUAUAAAAUAGAUGUAUUGCUUGCAAAUUGUGUUAAAGUGCUUGUCCAGCCAGAGCAAUUACAAUAGAAACAGAACCAAGACCAGAUAAUUCUAGGUGUAUAUUUAAUUUUUGAUAUCUUAUUAGACGUACAGUACGUUAUGAUAUUGAUAUGACUAAAUGCAUUUAUUGUGGAUUUUGUUAGGAAGCUUGUCCUGUCGAUGCAAUUGUUGAAGUAUUAAUUAAUUAUUUAAAUCAAGGGACCUAAUUAUGAAUACACAACAUAUCAACAUGAGGAUUUAUUUUAUGAUAAAUUUAAGCUUCUUGAAAAUGGUGAUAAGUGGGAACCUUAAAUUGCUAGAAAUAUUGAAUAUUUAAUAACAAGAAAAUAUUGAU